CUCACAUCCACAGCUUACCAGACACAGAGCCAUCCUCGGCGAAUUCCAGUCACAGUGAAGACCACAAUGGCGCCUUCGUCGAACGCAGCGUCACCGCUUAUGCCGCGGUCACCGUCAAAUAUCAACGCGAAUAUGUCACCAUCACGAGCCAAAUCAUUAGCGAUGAGGAAAUCCAUAUCUAAACCGCAUACUGCGCAUUCACAGCCUCCGCCCAGGCCACCUGCUGACUUCGAUAUGGCCGAACAAAUGAACGAAGAAAUCAGCAACAAGUAUGUCAAAGGCAAGAAAUUGGGUGAAGGAACCUAUGCUAUUGUCUAUAAGGGUCAUCUGAGGUCAGAUCCUCACAAGCUUGUAGCGAUCAAGAAAUUCAAAGUCGACCCUUCACAGCAGAGGGAAGGACUGAAUGUCGACACCAUCAGAGAAAUCAAGUACCUCCAAGAAAUCUCCCAUCCAAGCAUUGUCGCCUUGCUAGAUGUGUUCUCGUCAAAAGACCAGAAUAUCAAUAUGGUCAUCGAGUAUUUCCCCAAUGGCAACCUUGAAGAGCUGAUCCGCGAUAAAACUGUGAGUUACGGUGCUGCCGAUGUCAAAGCCUGGAUGGGCAUGCUGUGUCGAGCGAUAUACUACUGUCACUCCAACUUCAUAUUACACCGCGAUAUCAAGCCGAACAACCUACUCAUCGCAGCCGAUGGCGAAGUCAAAUUGGCCGAUUUCGGUCUCGCAAGGUCGUUCGGGGAUCCGAGAUAUCAGAUGACUUCAGCAGUGAUCACAUUAUGGUAUCGACCACCGGAGCUGCUCUUCGGUGCACGGCAGUACAGUGGUGCCGUGGAUAUCUGGAGCAUCGGCAUGGUCUUCGCGGAGCUGCUGAUUCGCCGACCGUAUGCAGCAGCCGACGUAGCAAAUCAGGAAGUGCUGGCCACUGGUGGCGGCACAGUCGCGCAACUCGAUAAGAUCUGUGAAGCCGUUGGAACACCGAGUGAGGAGAACUGGCCUGGCGUCUCAAAGCUCAGAGAUUACUUUGAGCUGGAGAAAAAGAUCCCAGUGAGGGACAAAUCGUUUUACACAGUCAUGUUCCCUACGGCAGGGUCCGUUGGUGUCGAUCUUCUUAUGGCCAUGUUGAAGCUCGACCCGCGAAAACGAGUGACUGCAAGAGGGGCUCUGGAGCAUGAAUGGUGGCAAGUCGAUCCGAGACCAACCGAUAAAGAAAAUCUGCCCAAGCAAGGUGGUGGCGCAUCGAAGAUGGCUGCUGCUGAGGCUGCUGCUCCUGGAGCUGUAGUCAACGAGAACAAGUUCAAGGGCGUCGCAAAGAAACUUGAUUUUGGUGCUGCAAGAAAGUGAACGACUGUCAACGAGACGCUAGGAACCUAGUCGGACCUUCCAAGUCAAAGAUGUUGACUCUGGCCUCAGCUUCGCGGUGGAGUCCACUGAAACCACAAAGGCUCUGAAUUCACAGUAUCCACCCAAUUACGAGCCCGGUGAAGCCAGUUCUCCUGGAUUUAUCCAAUCUUCAGCUAAGGCCACGAGUCUUCGGUGGCAGCCUUGCACCGUCGCAGCCGGUGGCUUGACCUAGUGUGUCCGUCAGGCGGGCCUAAUUCCACUCUCAGUCGACCAGCACCAAGUGAUCACUUCAUCAAUUUGCCGUCACUACCCAGCCAAUGACCUAGCCAUUCUACCUGCGGCUGCGCUCUCAAACCCCUCGAAACCCUGUCGAAGGCCCCAAAUAUCACUACAACACCCACCAUCGCACCUCCUCGUCAUAGAGUGCGUGGCCGCCGCCUACUCGGCCUGCUUCGCCACCGUCUUCGCUCGCUUCCAGCUUGAAUUUGACAUCAAACGUCGACGUUGGUCAGACAUCAGCACAACCGCAAGCAGCCAUAACCAAGUCUGUCGUUGUGCAUAAGCCAAACGUGGUCGAGAUUCCGGAAGGCGGUUACGAGACAGCGGGUGAUCUCGUUGCCGCCGUCGGGAAGAAGAAUACGGAACUUCUAGGUUCGCGUGAGCACCUAACCUACACCAUCUCGCAAGACUUGGCAGAAACUGUGUAGCCUGCCUCUCAGCCAGACCAGCAUAACGAUGGGAGAGUCUCGGUUCGAAUCUAUCCCUUUGACAAGCACAGACGAAGGGCGCCUGAAGACCCAAUAGGGACACAAUAGCUAUUGGCUUCAUCAUGGAACGAAUUUGCCGGCACAGUCGAAGUAUAAGAGACGUGGUUACCAUGGGGGUACUCGGGUCGGAGAGGGUCCUUCACAUAUCUUUUGCUCGUCCAUGGCCUUAGCCGUUCACAAUCUAUCACUCAAUGUCUGUCGAUCAUCACUCAGCCAGGCAUGCGGUAUACCUACCUGCCCCAUGCAGCAUGGUACACACGGUAGAGUACAUGUUGCCAAGCGCACCGGCCGUCUCGUGUGCCAGUCGUGACAGGAAGUUGUCGAAUAGCACCAAGUAAUAGUGCAACCCUGUGUGAGGAGAUGCGGAUAUCUACAUGGUUGUCUUUUCUUGACUGAUAGCUAUAUCUCGAGAGAAACUGUCGGGAGGCUGUUGGAAGUUGGUACAAUAGCCCAUAUCCCUUGCAUAUAUUGCAAACCUACCAGCAAUAUUGACUACCUAUCGUGGUAGGAUGUCUUUUCCUGGAUUCAACCAAGGCGUCAUGACUCGAAGUACAAGGAUAAUCGCAAGAUUAAGAUGGACUAAAUGGUCACGCGCGACACGAGAUUCGGGUGCUUUACACGGUACAGGUUGGGGGGCAGAGUCGAUGGACAUGGAU